AUGUCAUCGUCAUUGCCACUGCAUGUUUAUAUUAGACCAUUAACGAUAGAAGAUUGCCAAGCAUCAGUAGAGCUAGAGGCACAAGGCUUCCCACCUGAAGAAAGGGCUGGAAAGGAGAAGAUCGAAUUCAGAUUGAAGAUGUGCCCCGAAUUGAGCUCGGGUCUUUUCAUUAGAGACGUUAAAGGCACUGAGAUUUUGGGAGAAAAGUUGAUUGGCCAUAUCUUUGGUACCAAGAUCCCCAUCCCAAAAAACGGUACCAAGGAAUUAACUUUUAUUACCAACGAAAGCAUGAGUUUCACACAAGACGAUUCUUCUCCUGUCAUUGGAGUGCAUUCUGUCGUCAUUGCUCCACAACAUCAGAAGAAGAACCUAGCUACUCUACUAUUGACAGAUUACAUCCAAAAGAUGUCUAACCAAGAAAUCGGAGACAGAAUUGUUAUCAUUGCCCAUAACGAGCUGGUACCAUUUUAUGAAAGAAUCGGGUUCAGAUCUGUUGGUGACAAUAAAGACGUCAUCUCAAGCAAUGGCAAAGUUUGGUGUAAUAUGGUUAGAGAAUUGGUGAAGGAAGAGUAUGAGACUUGA